GUCUAGUUUCAGACAAGAAUAUGAAGACACCACUGAGCAUGAAACAUAAUCGCCGUCAAUUAACUUAAAUCUUGUAGGUCAGUGUAAGCGGGGUCAUUAAGUCAAAUUUAUGGCGCGAGCCUGACAUUUUCUUAUGGCUAGUGGUUCACGAGAGUUGCUUAGACUGUUUGCUGCCACAAUACAAAAUGCAAGUACUUUAGCUGGUGAGAUGAGAUUCAUUGAUCUCAACUCUGCUUUCAAAAUGACUUGUGAGCUUCAGCAGCGUGUCGUUGACCUUAUUUACUCCCAUAAAAAACACUUAAGAACUCUCGAAGCCAUUGUCCGAAUCAAACAAGAAGACACAAGUUCAAAUCUAAAUGGAGAGUCUCAAUGUCAACAACAAACUCGUAACGAGAGUGAGGUGGAUGAACAAGUAGAUCAUGAAAACAAUGCAACAGUCAAUAAUGAUGAAUUGUCAGGCAAUAACAGUCAAGAGGGUCAACGGAUGUGUGACACGGAGAACACAAACAAAGAAGCUAUGGAUGAAGUAUCUGCUAACAACCAGAUAAGUAUUCCUUCUGAUGGCCUCACAACAAACUCCACUAAAGAUGCAUGUGGAGCACCAAAUGAUAAACAUAGACUAGUCUCUAUAGAAUCACUAUAUCACGAUACGUUGCCUGGUACUUUUGAUAAUAGUCUAACUAACGAAAAUGUGCAAUGUAAUGCUUGUCAGUUGAGAAAUCAAGUACAAAAUGGAAUGACCAUUAACAUGGUUUGUGCAGCAUGUCCUGGUUUUCCUCGUAUUUGUUCAGCACAAUGCUUUCGUUGGUGGCACAGUGUUCACUUAUCAGCACCAAUUGAUAAAGAGUCCAAUUCAAUAGAACAAGACAAAAUUUAUACAAUAGAAAACUUAUCAAGAAGUUUAUGUCCCCCUGAUUUUCAACAAUCAAGAAGAACUAAAGAAUAUAAAUCUCGUACAAGAUCACUUCCAUUACUUUCUGCAUCAGGUGAACUUAAAUCAGAUGGACGUAAAAGAAAACGAAAAAAUCAUAAGUUUACUCGUAUAAAACGACAUAUUUCUCAAGGAACUUCAAUUUGGGUUAAACAAUCUAAUAAUAUUAAUCCUAUCAAUUUACAACCUAAAGCCGGUCGCCCAAGAAAAAAACAAGUUUACAUUAAUUUUAAAGAUCCAGAAUGGACACCAUACACGAAACAUUGAUCAAAUCAAACUUUACACAAUAUUUUCUUUAUAUAUAUUAUAUACAAUUUAUUUCUUAGCUCUCGUAUUAUACAUAAAAAAUAUAUAUCAAUGUCAUUUGAAUAUCAUUAUUAUUUUUGAAAGAAAUUCUCUUUAACAAUAUAACGAAUACAUUGCAUAAGUUGAUUACGUUCUUUACGAAUAUCUUCAGCCAAUAACUACAAUAUAAAGUGUAAAUGUAUCAAUAAAAGAAAAUAAU